AAUUACGGCUAGCUAACAUGGGCACUAGUGUAAAUAAUCGAACCAUACAGUACCAAUUUGAAAACCUCUCUGCCCAUUUUUAUACACUGCAAUUGUAAUCUCAAAGACAGAGAGAGAAAUUAGAGAGAGAAAAAGAGAGAAAAAAAGAAAAAAGGGAGAUGGAAGGAGAUCAUCAUGAUCAGAACACAAAUGAAGUAUACAGAGAGUGCUUGAGGAACCAUGCAGCGAGCCUUGGUAGCUACGCCACAGACGGCUGCGGAGAGUUCACACUCGACGACGCAUCCCCAGGCGGCCUACAAUGCGCCGCCUGCGGAUGCCACCGCAACUUCCACCGCAGAGUCACCUAUGCAGCCACGUCAUCACAAGCUGCAGGAGGCAGCGGCAGAUCAUCAGGUCAUCAUCAUCAUCAUAAUCGUGUGAUCAUGAGCAGCAGCAGCCGAGGCCGAGAUCCGGGCGACAACACUAUAGCAACACAAGAUCAACUCAUGGAUUACAAUGCUGGCGGUGGUGGGUCCCCGGACAGUGGAGACAGGAUGAGCGGGAAGAAGCGGUUCAGGACAAAGUUCACAGCGGAGCAGAAGGAGAAGAUGCUGGCGUUUGCAGAGAAGCUGGGGUGGAAGCUGCAGAGGAAGGAUCUAGAAGAUGAGAUUGAGAGGUUCUGCAGGAGUAUAGGGGUAAGCAGACAGGUAUUCAAAGUGUGGAUGCAUAAUCACAAGAACCUUUCCUCUUCUUCUACAUCUGCAUCUACUGGCAAUGCCUCUUCUCUCACUACCCAGUAGUACUACAAGCUGUCUCUCUCUCUCUCUCUCUCUCUCUCUCUCUCUCUCUCUCUCUCUUGGCUAUGCCUAGGCCUUUUCUAUGGGUCUACUACUACUCAUUAUAUCAGAUAGACUAAUUAAUUAACUGUUUUCUAUGGUCUUCAUUUUUCGCUUAAGCUAUAUAUAAUUAAUCAUUGCCUUC